CUAACUCGACGCUCUCAAACCACGUGCUGCGCCAUUGCAGCUCUCCCCGUGUUGCUGACCGCGGCCAGGCGCACCUUGAGGUCUUCCACUGCUAGCCAUUACGCUCUUGGCUUGGGAAGAGCGCUGCAGCCGCUUCAAGCUGCAUGCUCUCACUCCUCCUCAGCGGCUCCGUCGCGGCGGCGGCCGCCCUCACUGCGACGAAUGAGAGGCCCCCAGCAACACUCGCGAGGCGCCCCUUCGUCGCCGCCGCGACGGCGCUGCCGCUCGCGUACGCCGCGACGGGCGCGUACGCCGCGUGCCUCCCCUCGGACGCGAGCGUCGAGUGCAUCGGCGUCUACAAGGAGCGGUCCACCGACGUGACGCGCGAGGACGCGAAGGCGGCGGGCAUCCGCUGGGUCGACCAGCCCUCCUUUACGAGUUGCGCGAAGGCCGCGAACUACCUGCGGGACGCGCGCCCACAAAUCGCGAAGUGGCGGUCUUCUGCUGAUUUCACGAGCGUCGGCCAGGAUCUGUUGAGAGUGCGGCCGCGCGUCCAGGCCGCGGCCGCGCUGCUGGCGUCCAACGUCGAUCCAGGUAGCGCCACUUUACUAAACCGCGCGGCCGAGAGCGCUUUGUAUUCAAUGGACGCGGCCGACGUGGCCCUGGGCUUUGCCAUUCGCGAAACGAACACGCGGUACGUGAUAACGCGCGCCGCGGCGGCGGCCGACGCCUUGGAUACGGCCGACGCGGACUACUGCGAGCUCGUGCGCUUCGUGGACGCACUUUAUCCCGAAACGAAGCCUAAGAAGAAGAGGUAGUACACAC